AUGGCAGCAACUCGCGCUACAGCGCCGCUCUUUGUAUCAGCUCGGACAGCAUGCUCUAGCUGCAUCCGCAGGGCCGCCGCUUCCAGCGCAAGAUGGUCUUCAACGUCGACCGCAUCGGAAGCUACAGCUUCACCUCUCCUGUCCAAAAUCAAGAAUGACUUGAAAGCCGCCAUGCGUGCAAAAGACACAGCAAGGUUAACCGUCCUCCGCGGCACCAUCUCGGAGAUCAAUCAAGCCGCCUCAUCCUCCGCGCCGGUAAAGACAGACAUGCAAGUCCUCGCAUUACUCCGAAAAAGGAAGGCCGCCUCGGAGAACGCGAAGAAGGAGGCCGAGGCCGCGAACAGGGCAGAUCUGGCCGAGAAGCAGGACAAAGAGAUAGAGGUCAUCGAACAGCUUGUCGGGAGUGUGAAGAUGGUAGAGCCACAGGACUUACGGGAUAUUGUGAGAUCCAAGAUUGAAGCCCUGUCGUCCCACGGAGGAGAGUUGAAGCAGGGUGCUGUGAUGAAGGAGCUGUUGAAACAAGGUGGUGAAUUGGACGGCAAGCUAUAUGAGGGUAAAGUCCUCGCUGAGAUCGUGAAAGAGGAGCUGGCGACCCACCAUAAACCCUCGUGA